CGACCUUCUUCUGUCUGCUACCUCACCGCUUAUGACAGGCGCCACCACAGCGACGCUGAGAACAGAGGAACCUGCAAAUACACUCCAAUCCUCCAGAUGGCGACAGAGCGCGCCAGCAGUUUCCUGUGUUUCCCCACGAAACGUGUCGUUGUCUGAACGCAGCUCCCCACUCUUCCGUGGACCCUCCCACUAAAGCAGAAGAGUGACACGCCAUUUAAUCGCCGCCUGGCCCUGGUUGUGCUUCUCGGAAACAGGAGGGAACCUCAGACGCUCAUAUAUAGAAGGAUAAAUUCACCUUAAAGAAAACAAGUCCAAUUUCCCUGAACCUAGCACCGACUCGUGCCGACAUGGGGAUCCGAAAGAAGAGCAACAAGAGCCCGCCGAUGAUGAGCCAUGAGUUUGUGAUCCAGAACCAUGCAGAUAUUGUUUCCUGCGUUGCUAUGGUGUUUCUUCUCGGCUUGAUGUUUGAGGUCACAUCAAAGUUUGCGGUAUUGUUCAUCACCGUCCAGUACAACGUCACCAUCUCUACAAACGGUCCAGAAGAAACAGCCGUGAACCACUUCCACCACGGUUUCAAAGAUUUAGCCACCAUCUUUUUCUACAUGCUGGUGGCCAUCAUCAUGCACGCCAUCAUCCAGGAGUACGUGCUGGAUAAAAUCAACAGAAAGAAGCAUUUCUCCAAAACCAAACACAGCAAGUUCAACGAGUCGGGUCAGCUCAGCGCUUUCUACUUGUUCUCCUUCGGUUGGGGCGCUAGCAUCCUGCUGUCUGAGAACUUCCUGUCCAACCCAGUCUCCCUGUGGGAAGGUUACCCCCACACGCUGAUGCCGCUCCAGAUGAAGUUCUACUACAUCUGUCAGAUUGGCUACUGGCUUCACGCCCUCCCUGAGCUCUACUUCCAGAAGACAAAAAAGGAGGACAUUCCACGCCAGCUUGUGUACAUCUUCCUCUACCUGGUCCACAUCGCAGGCGCCUACGUACUCAAUCUGAACCGCCUGGGCCUGGUCCUGCUGGUGCUGCACUACUUUGUGGAGCUUCUCUUCCACGUUUCCCGCCUGGUCUAUUUCAGUAAUGAGAACAGACAAAUGGGUUUCACCGUAUGGGCAGUGCUGUUUGUCGUGGGACGGCUGCUCACCCUGUCCUUGUCCGUCCUCACUGUGGGUUUCGGUCUCACCAACGCCGAGAAUCAAGGCUUUGAUUUGGCCGCUGGAAACUUUAAUAUUCUUUUUGUGAGGAUAACCGUCCUGGCCGCCGUGUGCCUGACUCAGGCCUUCAUGAUGUGGAAAUUUAUCAACUUCCAGCUGCGCCGGUGGAGGGAGACCUCUCAUGCUCAGACCUUGAAAAAGAAACAAGUUCCCUCCAAGAGCAAAUCAAAGAAAGAUAAAGCCAAUGGUGUAAACGGAGUCAACGCCCAUGCAGCUGAUUCACCGAGAUCAAGAAAGGAGAAGUCGUCUUAAGAGAAACCUCCCUUCCUCCCUCUCGUCCGCCCGCCCACCCGCCAACGACCCCCUGUGCCUCCGUGGUGGUAUCCGUCAUGAGAUGAGACGCUUCUCGGCCACCAUCGAUUUAUGCAUUUUCAGCUUUCACUCAGCGGACAUCACAGAUAACUAGGAAGGCGAGGAUGGCAUCGCUACUUUGGAAAAGAAAACAGAAAUUCUGGAAUAAACUAUACUGUAUUAAAAAAAAAAAUAUUUAAGAAGUGCCUAUUGCCACAGAUGGUUUUGUACAGGGUGUGUAAUUUUAAAAUUUUCCAAAUUUUUUGUUUUGACGCGCCCCCACAUGUUCCUGCUCCAUCGUUUACUGUCCCCUUUCUGUGUAUUUAUAGCUGGUCCGUGUACAGGUUAACAAACGUCCGUCGUAAUCUAAACCAACUGUAGCUUUGGCUCUCCAUUGUAGCAAAGCAGAAAGACCACUUCACUGAAACAACAGAACAAGUAUUUUUCUAAUCAUGAGUCGUCACAAAGUGGCAUUAGUAUAAGGAACGCUCGUCAUCAUUGAACGGCUCCCCGCUGGAUGAGUUGGUAACGCAAACACGUUGCGUGUCAGGAGCACAUGCUGCAUUUCUAUUAUUGCUUAAAAACAAACACAAAAAAAGAGGGAUUUGUUGUCAAAGCAUGGAUGGAUUUUCUUUUGAUUGUGCCAAAUAAACCAGAUUGACUGUU